AUAAUUUGUUAUUGCCUAUUGAAUAUAGGCGAAACAUUCUACAAAACUUAAAGAGCUUGAAGAUCUUUUAAAUAAAAAUAACCAAAAAGUGCAAAAACGUAAACAUGAACUCGAGUCAAGUAUUGGCCAAAGUUCAUAUAAAAAACAAAUGUCCAUUCCUAAUGCUUUCAACCGACCUCAAGUUGUUAGUCAAGGUAAGAUAUUAGUAUUACAAUAAUACAUGUAUAAUAUACGCAUCCGCAAACAAUUUUUACUAUUGUAAAUUGUAAUUUGUAAUUUAUUUAUUUAUAUUAUUCAGAAUGUUUGGAUACUAUGAUCACAGAAUUCAUAGUUUGUGGUAAUCACUCAUUCAGUACAGUUGAACAAGAGAAAUUUAAAAUAAUAAUUGAUAAAGGAUUUCCUAAUCGAAGUUCAUUAACACGAAAAACACUCAUGUCUCGAGUAUCGACAAACGCAGAAAAUAUACGAAAAAACGUAAAAGAGGAGUUAAUAUCUACAAAAGUAAAACAUGUCUGUGCAACUGCAGAUUGUUGGUCUGUGUUUAAAAAAAGUUAUAUUGGGAUAACAGCUCAUUGGUUUGAUUUUGAAACUCUUGAUCGGAAAUCUGCUGCUUUAGCUUGUCGCAGAAUUAAAGGGAGGCAUACAUAUGAUACAUUAGCAAAAAUAUUGAACGAUGUAUUUUGUGAAUAUGGCAUAUUAAAUAAGAUAAUCAAUGUAGUAACGGACAAUGGCUCUAACUUUGUCAAGGCUUUUCGGUAAGAUUAAU